AUGAUUUUUUUAAUUUUAGGCACAUUUCCGUCAAUCAAAUAUAUCGAUCUUGUUGAGAUAUGGAUCUCCAGCGAAAAGUCUCAAGUAGAAGAGAGGAUCUUUCAGACUCUUUUGACUUAUUUUAAAACAGAUGGUCUUCCAAAUGAAGUUGUUAAAAGGCUUCAUGACGUUGCACACUUUUUUUGCUUUAAAAUAGACCAAAAGUGGCAAAAAUCUCAAAGAAAGCGUGAUCGGUUUCUGACAGAUCACAAAUUGUGGCUUCAAAAUGAAAUUGCCCUACUAGAUUCUUUAAAAACUUAUCCAUCUUUGGCCACUUUAGUUGAACACGAGACAGAUCCAGGCUGUAGUCGUGGUCGCCCUUCAAAGCCGUUUGAAGCCUGCAGUCUAAAAACAAAAAGAAGACGAGUAGAAAAUUUACUAGCUUCUCAUAGUUUCCAGGAACUGUCUUUUGCGGCUCAAGAAUCUGCGCGUAUUAUGAGCUUAGAAGAACACCAUUCCGAAAAUUUGGUUAUUAACGAGCCCGCUGGUCCACAAGUUGGCACAAUUCUGCAGGAACUUAGCAAAAAGCAAGUACAACAUGAUAAAGCAAGCACCCUUAACAAAAAACAAGAUCAGUUGAUAGAACAUAUUUCUGAAAUUGUUAGAAGUACCAGAUCGAUUGAGGAAAUAGAUUGCCUUAUAAAAAUCAGCUCAUCUAUAGACCCCAAACCUUGA